GCGCAUUCCUGUGCGACAGGUAGCCUAUGAAUGUUAGGAACAAAUGCUUUUCCUGACGCCAUUCCCGUCUUUUGAUAAACUUGAAUUGAAGCUGAAGUUUGUGAGAUCUGGUGCUUAAAGGUGAAGACAAAGGACACAUGAGAUUUAGCUACCUUUCAGUGUAUCCAAAUUGUUAUUGAUGUUGAAUAUGGGGAUAUAUUGGUCCACCGGAAUACUAGUUUUUACUAUUUGUUUUACCAUUGGAGAAGACAUCCAGAAUGACUGGCCAACAUAUGAACACCCAGGCUAUACCACACAACUAUGUUAUCUUUGUCCUCCAGGAUUCCAUUUAGUGAAUCACUGCGAAUAUUCAAACUCUACAAAACCGGCUUAUUCUACUUGUAAAAAAUGUAGAGAAGGGUAUUUCACUAGAAGCUGGAACAAAGAUGAAUCUUGUAAAAAAAGUAUCAAAUGCAAGUCCACUGACAACAAAUUGGAUCAGGAAAAGGAUCACUGUUGUUGUCCCGUAGGAAUGAUUGAAGAACAUGGACAUUGUGUUCAAGGAAUUUCUAAGCAUAGAGCUCAUCAUGUGAAAUGUCAAAGACAUCAAACAACAUGUCCAGCAUGCCCUGAAAUUCAAGAGAAUAUGGAAACAAAGUUGGAAUACUGGCAUCUUGCAGUAGCAUUCAUGGCAGGGAUGAUAGUGACAUCAAUUUUAGCUGGCAUAGUCACAUGUUGUUGUUUCAGAAGUGCAAAAUGUAAUGUCAAUUUACAAAAAUGCACUGGACCAAGUAUCAAAACUAACGAAGAAAAUGAUAUUGCUAUUCCAAUUAAUGACAGUACACAAGGCAGUCCAGUGUUUGUAGUAAAAAGUUUACAAAAAAGAGUUUCUGAUUCAGGAGUUUCUAUCAGCAUCAUGGGAUCCACAAGUUCAAUAAACUCACGUGAUGAUCAACUCAUGUUCAAGCAAAACCUCAGAGAAAGAAUAUUUUCAUCAUUGAUCGAAAAUGAUGAUUUCACUCCACUAAGUGGUGAAGAUGCAAGGUUAGAUGAUGCAUGUCGCAUCAUGGAACGCUUGGUUGUUCGUGAUCCAACUGAUUUCAACAGACAGGUUUUGGGUUUGUCAAUAGAAGACUGCCUGAGGAUUGAAAAUCAUGGUAAAGAUGUAUCUUCUCAAAUAAGACAUGGAUUUUUAACCUGGAAACAAAUAAAUGGUUCAAAUGCCACUGUAGAUUGUUUGAUGAAUCUCCUACGUCAGGGUGGUAGAAAAGAUGUAGCUGAUGCAAUUGAAAAUCAGCUUGAUACCAGUUCUAUGUAUGAAACAUUGUUCAUGCAAGCAGAACUUGAUAUAGCAAUCAGUUUAUGUGAGAAACACUUGGAUAUCGAAGAUGCUCUGCCUUUAUUCAGAAUGCAAAUGGAGUUGGGUGAAAUGGAAAGUUUUCCAGAAAAGCGUUCAGACUGUGUUAGAGAUGGUCUGAGCAAAUGGAAGGCUAAGCAAGGAAAAUAUGCCACAGUUGAGCUCCUGCUGACCUGUUUAAAAGAAGCAGGAUUGAUGGAUUUACAUGAUAAAAUUUGUCUCAAGUUGAAACUGGAUUCAUCACAUUCCAAUGAAGAAGAUAUGCCUUCACAUGCUGGUGACGAACCCGUUGUGUUAGUGGAUGAAACUCAUCACAACUAGUCCCACAACUAUGAUGUCGGUGCAUUGCCUCCAACAACCGCAUGAAUCAUUCCAGUUCAUUUUUCAAACUUGCCUCAACCAUAUUAAACUCCUGGAAUUAGUCGCAGAAAGGAAGCAUAACAAAUCCUAAAUUUCUCAUUAUCAUGACAAGAAAAAAUUUGAUCUAAUGACUGGGCUUCAAAAAAUGAACUUUUUCCAACCACUAAUCACUUUUGCUAAUAUACAUAUCAUAUAGUUCAUCAAUCUUCUGUGCUACUUUGGUACCGUAUGCGAUUCCAGUGAUUUUACUUAGGUUUAGGAACUGAAUUCUGUGAUAAUAUCUUUAUGAGAUUGGGUUAAGCAAGUGAGAUAGCAUAACAAAGUGGGAUCCAAUAUUCUUGUGCCAAAUGCUAAUAAAUUUUUCUUUGAACUUUUGAUAUUUCAUUUUUAUAUACUCUGAAAGAUACCCAAGUUGUAUAAACUUGAGAUUGUUAACUUAGAAAAUUGGCUGUAGAGUCGAGGGACAAAGGACAAAUUCUUUAAAUUUGAAAAUGUCUCAAACUCCUCGGAAAUUGUGACCACAAAAACCACAAUAGCAGGUCCUAGAUUUCAACUCUGGCUCUUGAAUAUUCAUCACAAAAUCUUUUCAUAUGCAAGCCUUUUUCACUCCAAACUGAGGUUGUAUAGUCAACUUACAUCUCUGCUUUUGAAAAUCUGGCAGCAAUAUACAUUUUGAUUAUCACGAUUGAAAUCUGCAAUUGUGACUCCAACUUCGAUCUCAAUAAAUUAUCAAGCAAUGUCGACCUUGUGAAUUAUUGGUUAUUACAAUUGCUUCGUUUUUGGCAUAUAUAGGAUAAGAUUUACAUAUUUAUCCUGGGGGGAAAGGAAAGCCGAUAAUACGGCUUAAGCAUAUGGCGAACCACGGCCUCUCGUCCGGUGAUGACUUUCUAUGUAUCAACCAUAUCCAUUUAUUAAUGUGAUAGCUAUAUUUAACACAUAUUUUAAAGCCAUGUUAAAUAUUUUAUCCAUAUCUCAUUUUAUAUAUCUCAGCAUAUUACUAUUUUCAUAUAUUGCAGAUGAUUGCAAUACUUCAUGAAUUGUUUUUUAUUUGUCUUUUCUUCAUG